CCAAAUCAUCAUUUGUUGUUGUAAUUUUCACAUGUUUUUUUGUGGGUUUAUCUCAUGGAAUUGAUGUGGAUAAAAAUAUGAUCGCGGCGUUUUUGGCCAGUGGUGUUGGUCGUGGUAGUAUUUCUGCGAUGCCAUGCGUGCAGAAACUAAUGCCGUGUCAACCAGCAUUGGCAUCGCAUACGAAAACUCCUCCAGCAACGUGCUGUGCGCCGUUGAAGGAAAUGAUCACAAAUGAUGCACAAUGCCUUUGCACUGUGUUUGCUAAUUCUGAUGUCAUGAGAAGUAUGAAUGUAACUCAAGAUGAAGCUUUAGAUUUUGCAAAAGCUUGUGGUGCUAAACCUGAUCUUUCCCUUUGCAAAAAAGAUUUACUUAGUGUGCAUCCGAAAGAUAUCAACUGCAUGCAGAUAUCUUUGAAGUUCAAAAAGAAAAAAAGAAAGAAAAAAGCUGCUGGUUCAGCUUCAGCCCCAUCUCCCACUUCUUCAGAGACUAACAGUUCGAUGUCAAGAAACAAAACUGCAAGUCCACCAGCAGAAAAUACAGCUAGUGUGACAUCCAAAUUUGGAGGAUUUGUUGCUGUUGCAUCGCUUAUGAGUUUAGUAAUGUUGUUAGCAUUUUAAGGAUUAAUUAUUAAUUUUCUUACUAGGAAAGACAAUGCAUCGAUCAUUUCACUUUUUUUAGUUUACAUCACCAAUUAUUAUUUUUCUCCGAUUAUUAAUGAGAUGUGUGAUGU